AUGACUAAUGAAUAUAAAUCUGAGUCAACUUUCAAUUCUCGCAACUGGGAUGGAAAUUUGAAAGAGAUCGGAACUAUCAAAGUUCAAGAAUCGGAAUGGUGAGGACAACAAUUAAUUCAUGUCAGAUUACCAGUUUUGAUUACAGGAAAAUCGCUGUCAAAAAAUCAAAUAUCGGUGGAAUUUGGUAUCUUACAUAUUGCUUAACUCUUCCAAAAUCCAAAAACGAAAAAAUGAUUUACAAAGAAUUCAAUGUGAAUUUCACUUUGGUUGAUCAAAGUGCAAACAACAUACAUUUCCCAACCAAUUUGAAUUUCUCAAAUCAAUCUGAAAACGAAUUGAAAGAAGUGACAUUUUUUGGAACAACUUGGGAUAAAAUCUACAGUGAGACGUAUGUUGGUCCAAAUGGAACUAAUAUCUAUAGAUAUAACAAAGGUGGCAACAGUAUUAUUAUCCAAACUGAAGUUGCUGUUACUUCUCAUACUUUCUCUAACAAUAUUCCUGGUGUUACUGAUUUAACCCUCAAAGUUGAAGAUAAUAAAUUCUACGUCAGCAAAAAAGUGGGUCCAUUUCAAUUUUUUUGGGAUGAAAAAUGAAAAUAAUAGUGUUUCAGGAAUUAUGUAUGAAUUCCGAAUAUUUCUAUGAAUUGUUCGUUGUUCAAAAAUGCGAGGACAAAGUUAUCGAAAUCAAUGAUGUCAGUUUCGAUGAACUUGCGAUGUUCUUAAUUGUUCUCGAUCCAAAGAACAUGCUUGUAUCGGAAAAGAUCCUGAAUAGUUUGAAAUGUAGGCUCUUUCAAUCAAAAAACGGAAUUAAUUUUUUUUCUUAAUUCCAGCCGGUGAUUUCGAGAAAUAUCUCAUUUUGGCUGACCGAUUCGAAGCCAAGAUUAUUCAUUCGAAAAUCGCAUUUGCGAUGUGUUUGAUGUUUGAAAUUCAGCCAAAAUCCACAACCGCUUUUGAUUAUUCAACAAUUCGUUUGAAAUGUUUGAAAUUCGCUGAUAAAUAUAAUUAUAUCAAUAUUUUGGUUGGUUGAGUUUUUAUUCGAGAGGGGUAAAUUAUUUUAUUUGUUCUAGGAUCAUUGCCUGAACUCUUUUUGA